AUGACGGUAGCCAACUACGGAGUAGGAGGCCAGUAUGAGCCUCACUUUGAUUUUGGAAGGGUGGCAAAUUAUGGAGUGGGAGGACAGUAUGAACCCCACUUUGACUUUGCACGGAAAGAUGAGCCAGAUGCUUUUAAGGAAUUGGGAACAGGCAACAGAAUUGCUACUUGGUUGUUUUAUAUGAGUGAUGUGUCAGCAGGGGGAGCCACUGUCUUUCCUGAAGUGGGAGCCAGUGUUUGGCCUAAAAAGGGCACAGCUGUAUUCUGGUACAACCUCUUCCCAAGCGGAGAAGGCGAUUACAGCACGCGGCAUGCGGCCUGCCCGGUGCUAGUUGGAAACAAAUGGGUAUCCAAUAAAUGGCUGCACGAGCGGGGACAGGAAUUCCGAAGGCCGUGCACUUUAUCAGAGUUGGAAUGAUGCAGACUUGUCCUUCGUCUCUUCUGCAUUCAGUUUGUGUGAAGUGCACACAUCUCCUACAGUUUACAAUUGACUAACACUCCACUACAGGUUCAGUCUUCAGCUACACCGAUGUUUCAUCUGUGGACAAAACGAGCGUGCUUUUACUUCCCUUAAAAUAUCCCCUUAAGGUUUUACAAACAGAAUAUUAUUGAGU